CUGGUGUUGAAUGACUACAUGUACCAGAAUGCACCGCGGCUGUCAGUUGGUUUAGUACUGAGUGAGCGCUGCUCUGCUGCACUAGCAAAGAGCAGUCCGACAGUUUAUUGGUUUACAGUUCUGCAAACAUGGACCAAGACAAUAAUUUAGAGGAUGAGCCAGUGAGCCAUUCAGAAGAUGUUCCGCCUUGCAUUCCUCCUGGACUCGCUGAUGGCGAGACACUGGACAUGCUGUGGAAGCUGCGAGCGCAGCGUCGUCAGUCAUCUCCUGAGCUUCCAGAGACAGUGUCCCGUCUUACUGCCCCAGAUGGCAGCGUCCUCUACCUGGUGGGCACUGCUCAUUUCAGCGACAGCAGCAAGAAGGAUGUAGCUACGACCAUCCGUGCUGUGCUGCCUGAUGUGGUGGUGGUGGAGCUGUGCCAGUACAGGGUGUCGAUGCUGAGGAUGGACGAGAAUACGCUGCUGAAGGAGGCCAAAGACAUCAACCUGGAGAAGGUUCAGCAAGCCAUAAAACAGAAUGGGCUGAUGUCAGGCCUGAUGCAGAUUCUCCUGCUCAAAGUUUCAGCUCACAUCACCGAGCAGCUGGGAAUGGCACCUGGAGGGGAGUUUAGGGAGGCAUUCAAGGAGGCUGGACAGGUGCCAUUUUGUAAAUUUCACCUUGGGGACAGGCCGAUCCCUGUGACGUUUAAGAGGGCCAUAGCUGCUCUGAGUCUGUGGCAGAAGGUCCGUCUGGCCUGGGGUCUGUGUUUUCUGUCGGAUCCAAUCAGUAAAGAGGACGUAGAGAAGUGCAAGCAAAAGGAUUUGUUGGAGCAAACCAUGUCAGAAAUGAUUGGAGAGUUUCCUGCUCUUCACCAAACUAUUGUGGCUGAAAGAGACAUCUACCUCACGCACGCCCUCCGCCAAGUCACGCGCUGCGUGGAGGCGCCAUCUAGUGCCCAGAGAGUGCCUGCUGUGGUGGUGGGAGUUGUAGGAAUGGGUCACGUUCCUGGCAUUGAGCAGAACUGGGAGAAGGAGCUCAACAUUAAUGAAAUCCUGAGUGUUGCACCCCCCUCACGGUUUGGCUGGGUGCUACGAACAGCCCUAAAGGGUGUCCUGGUGGGAAUUCUGGGAUAUGCCUGCUAUCGUGCUGGAGGAGGUGUAGGUAGAACGCUGAUGUCUCUGCCUGCAGUCCAAUCAUUACUGGAAACACUGCGGCUUCGUCCUUCUUGACCACACUGGGCGUGUCUCAGCCGUCUCUGACGUGACCUUUGACUUAUUAAAAACAAUGCAUUGAUCACGAGUGGCCUUAAAAACAGGAGGUGAUGCUGGAGGGACGGGUUCACCAGCCCACAUGUCUAAAUAACAAGGACCUCAUAGGGGUUGAGAGCCCCCACCUCAUAUCGAUGUCCCUGUAGAUAACACGGGGGCAAUGCUGCCAAAGAAACCGUUACAGUACUCCUAAUAUUUUGUUUAUAUGCAUUUGCUUAGUAGAUUUUGAAUUUUACCUGUCAUUCCUUACAUUUACCUGUGCAGUUUUUAUUUGGUAAGCCACACUGGAAUCAUUUUUAGUCGCCUGCUCAGAGAAGAUGUUUUAUUUGUGCUGGAAAAGAUCGUUUUCUGAGUCCUGUUGUUCGUUAUUGGCCCGGCACUUUAGAGAAGACCGUUGAAAAAAACAUUCAGGCUUGGAAAGUAAGAUGAUUUAUCCUGUGGUCAACUAGAAACAAAGUGAAAUAAUAUAUUUGCAUGAAAAAAAGUUGUCUGAAGUGGGAGGUUUACAGUCAUGCUCAUUACUUUUCAUAAAUCACCCAUCCCAACAAUGAUGCACGUUCAGGAUUUAGUAACAUAAACUCUGUUCUGUUGAAGCAAAGUGCCUCAGGUUUCGUCUGUAAGGGCUACAGUUUAUUGUUUUCAUUUGUAUUUCACAUACAAAUUGUGCAGUUUCCACUAAUUCUCACAAGUUUCCAAAAGACUGCUGCUCUUUAAACAGACGCUCAGUUUGUGAUGACUCUGAAAUGUUUCCACACCAAUGUUUUUUGGGUUCUCGUGCAUUUUACGGAGAUCUGAUGCACGACAUGAGUGAGAAGUCUUGUAACUUCUAUUAUGGGAUUUACUUACAAAAGAGUGACAUGCACAUACACGCUCUGCAUAAUUAUUAAAAUUUUAUGCACAGAAAGCCAUUUUAAGAAGUAUGUGUCACACAGACAACAUCAUUCACCAGGUGUCACCAGGCAGUCAGUGCUCCAGGAUGUUUGUGAAAUCAAAAAAUGCAUGAAUGUAUAAUUUACCCCUUUUAAUUUAAGGAUGAACGUUCUUUAUAUAAGAGUUUGUCUGCUAAACAGUAAUUGGGUGGAAUAGUGAUAUUUACCCUUACUUUAAUAAUCACUGCUGCCUUUACCUUCUGAUUGCCUCCUCAGCUAUAGCUUCUUACAUCACACAACUGUAUUUAUAAUAGAGCUUAUUGAUGCAUGUGUUAAGAGAAAGGUGGCAUCCUGUAAGCCACAUGGACUACUUUAAAGGACAGUGAAUUGUCUGCAUGAUUUCAGGCCUGCAUCAAGAGCUUCCAGGUAAUCGUUUUAAUUUUGAAGCGAUUUGCGUACAGUACUUCUAUCUGCUGCAGAUGUAUGAAUGGGUGACAUGAAAUGAGGUAUUUUCAGGUAUUAAAUUUGGGUCCAUUUCAUGA